AUGCGAUGGGGAACCAAUGCUGACGAGACGGCCCUCCCGCUGCUGGCUACAGUCGCCAAGACAAGAACACAACUGAACCGCCGGCUGGCCGAGGGCAAGAAGCUGCCAUGGCCACCGUUCGGGCCGCAGUGGUACGCCGGGUGCACGACGCUCAUAAUUGGAAACUCCGCCAAGGCUGGGAUCCGAUUUGUCGCCUUCGACCAGUACAAGCGGCUGCUCGCCGACGCCGACGGCAAGGUGUCGGGCCCUCGCGCGGCGCUGGCGGGCUUUGCGGCUGGUGUUACAGAGAGUCUGUUGGCUGUCACACCGACCGAGAGCAUCAAGACGCAGCUGAUCGACGACCGCAAGCGCGCCAACCCCAGGAUGCGCGGCUUCCUGCACGCAGUACCCAUCAUCGCGCGGGAGCGCGGCAUCGCGGGCUUCUUCGCCGGGUUCGUGCCGACGACGGCGCGGCAGGCGGCCAACAGCGCGGUGCGGUUCGGCAGCUACAACUUCCUCAAACAGGCGGCGCAGUCGUACGCGGCCCCGGGCGAGAAGCUGUCCACGCCCGCGACAUUUGGUAUAGGCGCCAUGGCCGGGCUGAUCACGGUGCUCGUCACGCAGCCGCUGGACACGAUCAAGACGCGGAUGCAGAGCCUCGAGGCGAAGAAGGACUAUGGGAAUAGUUUCAGGUGUGCUGGGAUGAUCUUCCGACAGGAGGGGCUGCUCACGUUCUGGAGUGGGGUCCUCCCUCGCCUGGCGAGGUUGGUUAUGAGCGGGGCUAUCGUGUUUACUAUGUAUGAGAAGAGCAUGGAGGCUUUUGAUCGGGUUGAUCCAGAGAGGAAGUAUAUCUGA